UACUAGGAAGAGACUAUUCGAGAGAAGGGUGGAUAUUCUCUCUAGGGGCUACAUUGUAACAAUUAAGAAAUGUACGUAGCCCGUAAUCUAGGUUACAUUUUAACAAUCUAAAUUGUAACUAUUUAAAAUUAUAUAGUUGAAAAUUGUAGCCAUUAGCCAACAAAUGCUUAGCCACACGACAGUGCAAUUUAAUUAUCAAGAAGUUCUCUAGUAGGAAGUUGACUUUCACCUCAUAGGCUACGAAAAGGGGGCUUUCUCAGAAAGGGAAACACGUAAUGUAACCCAGGCUACUUCAAUAGCAGUGUUAAUAGAUCGGACGAAUUGUCAACGAGAUUUCAAAGAAAAUGUCGAUCUCACUUCUGACUGUCUUUCUUGCGGAAGCAAUACUCUGCACAGUUUCAGGUGAACAGCUCUACAGAAAAGUGGGAGGUGAGCUCGUGUUGACGCCUGACAAGUCCACAGUGACUGACGCCAUCACAAGCAUCCUGUGGAAGCAUGGGAAGAACAAGCUGGCAGAGUGGGACAAGGAUUUUGGUGGUCUGGACAUCUAUGGUGCCUUCAAAGAGCGUACAACCCUGGACCAGACUACUGGAGAGCUGAGAAUCAGUGGAUUGAAGAAAACAGACAGUGGAGUUUAUUCUGUGGAAUUCAACAGCAAACUGCUUAACAAGACAUAUACAUUAUCUGUUCUCAAAGCAGUCCCCAAACCCACAAUUACUUCUUCCUGUAACCCAGACAAAACCUCCUGCACUCUGACCUGUGAGGGCAACACCACUGAUGCUGAACCAGUCACCUACAGCUGGAAACAGGGAGAGAGGGCGUGGGAGGACUUAGACAAACAGAAUAAUGUCAGUAAGAGCGACACUGACAAAUCAACCAACAGUUACACGUACUUCUGCAAGAUGAAGAACUCUGCUGGGGAAGGUGAAGUCAGCGAGCCAGUGGUGUUAGGCUCAGAUGGCUGGUUGACCAAGGCCAGAUUCAUUGGUAUUUCUGUCUUUGUUCUUGCUGUUGCUGGAAUUCUAUCGUUCAUUUUUGGUCAUAGAGCUAAAACAGGAGUUUGGAUCUAUGAGAAAGAAUCAAUGCCAUGGAAAAGAGAAUUUUGGAAAAGCCAGAGAGAAGUGGGACCUACCACUGACACAUCAAAUGGAGUUUCUGCAUCCACAGAGGAAGCCUUGGCGAGGGAAAAUUAUCAUAAAGAUGGUUCAGUAAAUAAUUCAGUACUGUAGGACGCUGUGGAUCUGUGGGCCAGAGGAUCACUGUGGAUCAAGAGAAACAAACAUCUAGACAAUGAGCACUGGAUGACAAAAAGAAUGUUACAUCCCGAUCUGAGAAAUAGAGGUCAAUUUGAGUUACAGAUGUAGGAUCUUAAUUUGAGCUAAGCUGAGUUUGUUACUGCAGGAAAAUAGUCCUGCAGAAAGGAACUUUUAAUUAAAUGGAUUAUAAUACAGUUUGUAGGGGUUAAUAUUUAUUUUAUUUUUAUUUUAUUUAACUAGGCAAGUCAGUUAAGAACAAAUUCUUAUUUUCAAUGACGGCCUAGGAACAGUGGGUUAACUGCCUGUUCAGGGGCAGCACGACAGAUUUGUACCUUGUCAGCUCAGGGAUUUGAACUUGCAACCAUCCGGCUACUAGUCCAACGCUCUAACCACUAGGCUACCCUGCCGCCCCUAUAUAUAUUUUUUUUGUACAGGAAAAUCAAGUCAGAAGUUUCAAAGUGGAAAUGACUAAUUUCAGAAGCCCUUUUAAGCCUUGAGUACAUUACAAGUUUUACAUGCUUAGGGCCUCCCGAGUUGCGCAGUGCUCUAAGGCACUGCAUUGCAGUUGCUAGCUGUGCCACUAGAGAUCCUGGUUUGAGUCCAGGCUCUGUCGCAGCCGGCCGAGACCGGGAGACCCAUGGGCCGGUGUACAAUUGGCCCAGCGUCGUCUAGGUUAGGGGAGGGUUUGGCCGGCCGGGAUGUCCUUGUCCCAUCGCUCUCUAGCGACUCCUGUGGCGGGCGGGGCCAGUGCAUGCUGAAACGGUCGCCAGGUGUACGGUGUUUCCUCCAACACAUUGGUGUGGCUGGCUUCCGGGUUAAGCGGGCAUUGUGUCAAGAAGCAGUGCGGGUUGGUUGGGUCGUGUUUCGGGGGACGCAUGGCUCUCGACCUUCACCUCUCCCAAGUCCGUACGGGAGUUGCAGCGAGGAGACAAGACUAAUUACCAAUUGUAUAUCACGAAAUUGGGGAGAAAAAUGGGUUAAAUAAAUAAAUAUAUAAAAAGUGUACAUGCUUUACAGGAAAGAACCAUUUGCAAAGUAAAUUGCUAAACCUUACAAAUUCUUAGGAUCAUAGACAAACCUAUGACACCAAUGACUACUACACUGAGUAUGUUUACAUGCACACAAAUUAUUCAAUAUUAGCUAAUUAGGGUUAAUACUCAGAGUUUGGCAUCAGUCAUGUCAACACCUUACUCUGAUUUUCUUAAUCGGUGUAAGGUCAAAAGCGAAGUAAGCAUAUGCCGCAAUCUUUCUAAUUAUAAUGGUAUGUAAACAUCCUAAUCUCACUUCCAGUGGUGUAUUAAUGGCAUGUAAACAUCCUAAUCUCACUUCCAGUGGUGUAUUAAUGGCAUGUAAACAUCCUAAUCUCACUUCCAGUGGUGUAUUAAUGGCAUGUAAACAUCCUAAUCUCACUUCCAGUGGUGUAUUAAUGGCAUGUAAACAUCCUAAUCUCACUUCCAGUGGUGUAUUAAUGGCAUGUAAACACCUUAAUCUCACUUCCAGUGGUGUAUUAAUGGCAUGUAAACACAUUAAUAUCACUUCCAGUGGUGUAUUAAUGGCAUGUAAACACAUUAAUCUCACUUCCAGUGGUGUAUUAAUGGCAUGUAAACACAUUAAUCUCACUUCCAGUGGUGUAUUAAUGGCAUGUAAACAUCCUAAUCUCACUUCCAGUGGUGUAUUAAUGGCAUGUAAACACCUUAAUCUCACUUCCAGUGGUGUAUUAAUGGCAUGUAAACAUCCUAAUCUCACUUCCAGUGGUGUAUUAAUGGCAUGUAAACACAUUAAUCUCACUUCCAGUGGUGUAUUAAUGGCAUGUAAACACAUUAAUCUCACUUCCAGUGGUGUAUUAAUGGCAUGUAAACACAUUAAUCUCACUUCCAGUGGUGUAUUAAUGGCAUGUAAACAUCCUAAUCUCACUUCCAGUGGUGUAUUAAUGGCAUGUAAACAUCCUAAUCUCACUUCCAGUGGUGUAUUAAUGGCAUGUAAACAUCCUAAUCUCACUUCCAGUGGUGUAUUAAUGGCAUGUAAACACCUUAAUCUCACUUCCAGUGGUGUAUUAAUGGCAUGUAAACACAUUAAUAUCACUUCCAGUGGUGUAUUAAUGGCAUGUAAACACAUUAAUCUCACUUCCAGUGGUGUAUUAAUGGCAUGUAAACACAUUAAUCUCACUUCCAGUGGUGUAUUAAUGGCAUGUAAACAUCCUAAUCUCACUUCCAGUGGUGUAUUAAUGGCAUGUAAACACCUUAAUCUCACUUCCAGUGGUGUAUUAAUGGCAUGUAAACAUCCUAAUCUCACUUCCAGUGGUGUAUUAAUGGCAUGUAAACACAUUAAUCUCACUUCCAGUGGUGUAUUAAUGGCAUGUAAACACAUUAAUCUCACUUCCAGUGGUGUAUUAAUGGCAUGUAAACACAUUAAUCUCACUUCCAGUGGUGUAUUAAUGGCAUGUAAACAUCCUAAUCUCACUUCCAGUGGUGUAUUAAUGGCAUGUAAACAUCCUAAUCUCACUUCCAGUGGUGUAUUAAUGGCAUGUAAACAUCCUAAUCUCACUUCCAGUGGUGUAUUAAUGGCAUGUAAACAUCCUAAUCUCACUUCCAGUGGUGUAUUAAUGGCAUGUAAACACAUUAAUCUCACUUCCAGUGGUGUAUUAAUGGCAUGUAAACAUCCUAAUCUCACUUCCAGUGGUGUAUUAAUGGCAUGUAAACACCUUAAUCUCACUUCCAGUGGUGUAUUAAUGGCAUGUAAACACCUUAAUCUCACUUCCAGUGGUGUAUUAAUGGCAUGUAAACACCUUAAUCUCACUUCCAGUGGUGUAUUUGAUCUGCACAUGUGCUAUCAUGAGCAGCGUGAACCUCCUUUUCUGGCACAGGUGAAGUGAGUUUGGAAAAUCUGAAAGUAUGUAUAGUUUUCACAUGCAAACAUUAUAUAGUAUGUCCAAACUCUGAAUCAGAUAAGCUUCCCAAAAAUGAUAUGAUCGAUGUGAUAGAACGUUUAUGUUGAGGUAUACAGGUUGCCUGAAUAUGACCUGAAUAUGACCUGUCCACCGGAUUGUAGAGGAAAUCGUUCUUCUCGCAAAGCAUGUAAAUGUUAUAAACAAACUAUUAUAUUAAUCAGAGUAUUAACACAAAUCAUAUUAUUGAAUGCAUAUAAACAUACCUGUUGUUACAUGAAAUACGAUAGUUUGCAAAAAUACUUAAUUUAAAGUUUGCGCUUAUAUAGAAAUAUGCAGUUGGUAAAAUGCAAUUGGCUCAAACUUAAGCUAUGUGCCUUUAAAGCCUGCUCACACUUCUACUCUGCCAGUGUGUAUCUCUGUGUAUAUCUCUGUUCUUUCUUAACCUAUGUGAGAACAAGUUUACUGCAGUACUAGCAAACUUUACAAUGACAAUCUUAAAAUGUGUGAUGUGAUUGCAAGAUCACUGCCUUACCUCUCAUAAUCAAUAAUAGUAAAGUCAAUUUUUACCCAGUGCUGUCUAAUUGGAAUGUAAAUAUCCUAUCAUUUUACAUGUUUAUUUCCUGCAUCUAAAACCUUUUGUGUUGAAUGUAUGUAACAUUUGCAUAUAAUAUAUGCCAUUUAGCAGAGGCUUUUAUCCAAAGCGACUUACAGUCAUGUGUGCAUACAUUCUACGUAUGGGUGGUCCCGGGAAUCGAACCCACUACCCUGGCGUUACAAGCGCCAUGCUCUACCAACUGUGCUACAGAAGGCCUCAGUUCUGUACAUGUUGUGAGAGUGAAGUCUUUUUAACAGAAUUGUACAACUGUCACAAUUAGAAUUUAGUAGUAAUAAAGCAGUGGUUUUCUUUUUAAUUAUUUGAAUGUGCCUGAUACCAUAGACACCCUACAGGCCUGUACUGUACCUGGCAUUGCGUGGUAUACCAAAGAUACUGGCAACUAACUCAAUAUAUCUCAUCGGUGUCGUUUCUAAUGUGAGCAAAUUAAGCAUAUUGGACAGAACAAGCAACGAGGUGGGCAGAUCCAGGCACGAGCUAGCAAGAUCCUAUUGGCACUUGUUUGCAAGCAUUGUGUGUUUGCGGCAAUAACUCAAUUCGCCCUUGCAUUCCUAAACAACAAAAACGUUUGAAGCUUUGGCGAAGGGUCAAGUCUACAAAACGGAGUGAGUCGAGGUUCAAAAUGGACGCUUCAGAUUUAUACAUCCGGUGAGACAUCUGGCUCUUUCUAUCUGUGGUGCACUCUGUGACAGUUGAAUAAAGAAGUAUCUAUUGCACCCCA